AUGAAACAAUGUUACUAUGAACUCCUUGGCGUGAGUUCUGUAGCCUCUGAUGAUGAAUUAAAAAGGGCAUAUCGUAAAAAAGCUCUUCAAUACCAUCCUGACAAAAAUAGAGAAGACACCGAGAAGGCCACAGAGAUCUUUGCAACAAUUAGGUCAGCUUAUGAGGUUCUUUCUGAUCCACAAGAACGUGCUUGGUAUGAUUCACAUAGAGAGCAAAUUUUAAAAGAUGACUAUAACCCAAAUUACGCGGAUGAUGAUGAUUAUGAAGUAGAUGCCACAGUAACAGGAAUUACGACGGCAGAAUUGCUGAAAUACUUUAAUUCUGGUCUAUACACAAAGGUAAAUGAUGGUCCAAACGGGCUCUAUCAGAUAGCAGGUAAGCUUUUUGCAAAAUUAGCUUCUGAGGAAGUAAUAUGGGGUAGAAAAAGCGGUUUAGAAGAAUACAAGGACAAAAAUGAUGAUAGAUUUGAGGAGCAGAUAACUAGUUUGGGCUACACGAAGGCAUGCGAUGCAUACUCCUCCAACAAUGACACUUAUUAUCCUGUUUUUGGGUAUUCUACGACAAGUUACGAGAAAUUGAGAGCAUUUUACAGCAAAUGGGGGAGCUUCAACUCUUUGAAGAGUUUUAGCUGGGAAGAUGACUAUAUGUACUCGAGAAACUAUGAUAGAAAGACGAAGAGGGAGAUCAAUAAACGAAAUGAGAAGAAAAGGGCUCAAGCUAGAAGUGAAUAUAAUAAAACGGUGAAAAGAUUUGUUACUUUUAUCAAAAAGUUUGAUACCCGAAUGAAAGAGGGUCAAAAGAAGUUUGAAGCAGAGAAGAAAAAGAAGCUCCAAGAAGCAUUGAAGAAGCAGGUAGAGAAAGAUAGACAAGCAUAUGAUGCGGCAAUCUCCGAUCCAUUCCAGCUACAGAGUUGGCAGACUGUCGAUAAAGCGUACUGGGAAGAAUUAGAGAAGCAAUUCGCCAGUUCUGAUGAGGAGGACGCCGAAUCAAAUUCAGAUGAAGAAGUAAUAACCCAUCCAAGAAAAUGUAUCACCUGCAACAAGAAAUUCAAGUCGCAGAGGCAAUUCGAAAACCAUAAUAAUACCAAUGCUCACAAGAAGAAACUAAAGAAGGUAAAGUGGCAAAUGAGAAAAGAGAGUAUGCACUUAGGACUCGAGGACAUAUCCGACUUAAGCGAGUAUGAUUCUGCCAAAGAAGAGCACAAUUCAUCUUCUGCAUCAGAACACGAGGAUGAUAGCGAUAGUGAUUCCGACAGCAGCAGUUUUUCAGAAGAUAGUGAACAAAAUGCCGAAAGUCUUGAAAUGGAUGAUAUUUUAAAGGAAUUGGAUAAGAUAGAAAAGGAACUACGGUUAGUAGAUGAACUAUCCUCUUCUGAUGACAAUUCUUCACAAUUUUGCGUGGAAGACGGGGUACUUAGUGAACUUGAUAUGCAGUUAGCUUCUGACACCGAAAAAAUAGCAUCAGACGUCGCAGAAGAUCCUAAAGUACCUGAUGGAUCCCAAAAAGAACACGAACUAGACAAAAUUCUUUCCGAGGUCCGUGGCAACGAAGAAUGGGAUGCCAAAACCCCCACAAAAAAAGCCAACAAAAAGAGAAAGGAUAAAAAACCUUCCAAAACCAGCAGCGCGCAGUCCUCAAAUAUCAAAUCAGACUCUCAUAUCCAGGGUCCCUCUUGUGGGAGCUGUGGGUUAGUUUUUAAUAGCAGAAAUAAGUUAUUUGCCCACAUCAAAAGCUCAGGGCAUGCUGUAGCUCCUGCAAAAGCGAAGAAAGUUAAUCCGAAGAAGAAGAAGUCGAAGAAUAUGUAG